AUGAAAAUGGAUUUAAAUGCCAUCAUAGAAAAAAUGGAAACUGGCGAUCAAGAUGCUGCACUGAUAGCACUUCAAACGUAUAAUAAGGAAAAAAGUCAGUGUUUCACUUUUACCAGCGAGGAACAGGAAGACAGAGAGCGACUUGGAGAACUGGUGCUGGGUUUCCUAAAGCGGGACCUGCAACCCUCCUGCCAGCUGGCCUGCCUGGAAACCAUCCGCAUCCUGUCUCGCGACAAGAGCAGCCUGGCACCUUUCGCCAGCCGUGACGCCAUGCAGACGCUCAGCCGGCACGCGGGCAUCGCCCGGGGAGACGGUGGCGAGGGUGGGGCUGCCCCGGAGAUGCCCGACCUGGACGUGAUCGUUGAGGCGCUCAAGUGCCUGUGCAACAUGGUCUUCAACAGCGAGGCCGCGCAGCAAGCCGCCGCCGAGCUGGAGCUGAUGGCCGGGGUGGCGGAGAGGCUGAAACAGUGCCGCGACCCGCAGUGGAACCACGAGGUCCGGUUCUUUGACCUGAGGUUGGCGUUCCUGCUCACCGCGUUACGCGUGGAUGUUCGUUCCAAGCUGGCGCGGGAGCUGCGCGGAGUGGGAUUGCUGGCCGAGGCCCUGGACGCCACGCUGGGCCUCUGCUGGCCCGACACUCACGAGGUGGCCCGAGCGGGAGCCGACGGAGCCGACGGAGCCCCCGAGCUCCCGCCCCCACCCCUGGGCCGUGAGGAAACGGAGCGCGCCAUGGAGAUUCUCAAGAUUCUCUUCAAUAUCACCUUCGACUCCAAUCGCCGCAAAGUGGAUGAGGAGGAGGCAGCCACCUACAGACACCUGGGGGCCAUACUCAGACACUGCCUCAUGAGCUCUGCAGAGGGAGAAGAAAGAACAGAGGAGUUCCACAGCCACACAGUUAACCUGUUGGGAAACCUGCCUCUACCCUGUCUCGAUGUGUUGCUGAUGCCCAAAGUUCAGCAGGGCUCCAUCGAAUACAUGGGUGUCAACAUGGAUGCUGUCAACAUGCUGUUGGAGUUCAUGGAGAAAAGGUUGGACAGGGGAAACAAGCUGAAGGAGACUUUGCUGCCUUCUUUAAAUCUGCUGACAGAAAGUGCCCGGAUCCACAGAGAGACCAGAAAAUUCCUCAGGAUGAAAGUGUUACCACCAUUGCGAGAUGUGAAGAACAGACCUGAGGUUGGCAACGCUCUGAGAAACAAACUGGUGCGACUGAUGACCCACAUAGACACUGACGUCAAAAACUGUGCAGCUGAGUUUCUCUUUGUGCUGUGUAAGGAGAGCGUGUCAAGAUUCAUCAAAUACACGGGCUAUGGUAAUGCAGCGGGUCUGUUGGCCGCCCGUGGACUGAUGCGUGGGGGAAAGGACCCCGGACACUACUCUGAGGACGAGGACAGCGAGACUGAGGAAUACAGACAGGCCAGACCACAUAUUAAUCCAGUGACAGGGAGAGUGGAGGAUGAGCAGCCAAACCCGAUGGAGGGAAUGACAGAGGAGCAGAAGGAGUACGAGGCCAUGAAGCUGGUUAACAUGUUUGACAAACUGUCCAGGGAGCAUGUAAUCCAGCCAAUGAAAAUCGGUCCCGAUGGCAAAAUGACGUCACUGGAACCACAUGAGCUUCAGUGUUUGACACAGCAACCGUUUCAGCAGAACUCAGACGACGAGGAAGGGGAGGACUAA